AUGCAGUCAUCUCAGACUGGCAUGGUCGGUCAACCAAGCUUUAAUGUGGGGCCUGGCUUACAAUCUAAUAUACAGACACAGGUUCCCGGUCAACACAAUGUAUUGGUACCACAAGUUCCUCUUAACCAGAAUCCAGUAGGUGUUGGUUCCGUGUCCCAGCCACCAGUACCGCCUUCCAACCAAAAUCAGUCGGCUUCUGGUCAUCAAUUUAACACAGCGUCUUUGUGUCGUUUUGGACAAGAAACCGUACAGGAAAUAGUGUCUCGCACACAUGAAGUAUUCCAGAUACUUAAAGUCCUAAUGCCACCGAAUGGUACUCCAACUGGUGCUAACAUGAGUAAUGAAAGGCGUAUUAAAAUGCAAGAUCAAUUGAGGAACAUAAAAUUACUAUUCAAACGACUAAGAAUUAUUUACGAAAAAUGUAAUGAUAGCUGUCAAUUACAAGGUAUGGAGUACAUGCAUAUAGAAGGACUAAUUCCACUCCAAGAAGAAUGGGACAUGAAGUCUGAAGAAAGGAAAACUAGUGAAACGUAUCGUGUUGCUAGUGAUGAAAUGAAAGAAGUAGCUGAACAAUUAAGUAACAAGAAUAGACAUUUAAAAGAAAUAAUUGAUCAUCUCCGAAGAAUUAUAUGGGAAAUAAAUACUAUGUUAGCAAUGAGGAGGUCUUAA